AUGGGAGCCGAGGCGCGGCCUUCGGGGGAGCGCGCCGCCGGCGGCCGGGGCGCAGCGCGGCCCUGGACCAGCUCCCGCGCACGGUGCCCAGCGCUCCCGCUGCUUCCCUUCCUUUUUGUGUUUCUGGCUGCGCCCAGCGUUCGGGCCGCGGGAUACGAGACAUGCCCCACGGUGAAGCCGAACAUGCUCAACGUGCACCUGGUGGCCCACACACACGAUGACGUGGGCUGGCUCAAGACAGUGGACCAGUACUUUUAUGGCAUCCACAAUAAUGUCCAACAUGCGGGCGUCCAGUACAUCCUGGACUCUGUCAUCGCUUCCCUGCUGGCGGACCCGGCCCGUCGCUUCGUCUACGUGGAGAUGGCCUUCUUCUCCCGGUGGUGGCAUCAGCAGACAAAGGCAACACAGGAUGUCGUGCGGGACCUGGUGCGCCAGGGGCGUCUGGAGUUUGCCAACGGUGGCUGGGUGAUGAAUGACGAGGCGUCCACGCACUACGGAGCCAUCAUAGACCAGAUGACUCUGGGCCUCCGCUUCCUUGAGGACACGUUUGGCAACGACGGGCGCCCCCGUGUGGCCUGGCACAUCGACCCCUUUGGCCACUCUCGGGAGCAGGCCUCCCUGUUUGCGCAGAUGGGCUUUGACGGCUUCUUCUUCGGGCGCCUGGAUUACCAAGACAAAUUGGUGCGGAAGGCGAAGCUUGAGAUGGAGCAGGUGUGGCGGGGCAGUGCCAGCCUGAAGCCCCCCGCCGCUGACCUCUUCACCGGUGUGCUCCCCAACAUGUACAACCCGCCGGCCAACCUGUGCUGGGACGUCCUGUGUGCUGACAAACCCAUCGUGGAUGACCGCCGCAGCCCUGAGUACAACGCCGAAGACCUGGUUGCUUACUUCCUAAAGCUAGCCAAAGACCAGGGCCAGUUCUACCGCACCAACCACACGGUGAUGACCAUGGGUUCGGACUUCCAAUAUGAGAAUGCCAACAUGUGGUUCAAGAACCUUGACAAGCUCAUCCAGCUGGUCAAUGCCCAGCAGGCCAAUGGGAGCCGUGUCAAUGUUCUCUACUCCACUCCGGCCUGCUACCUCUGGGAGCUGAACAAGGCCAAGCUCACCUGGUCGGUGAAACAGGAUGACUUCUUCCCCUAUGCUGAUGGCCCCCACAUGUUCUGGACUGGCUACUUCACCAGCCGGCCGGCCCUCAAACACUACGAGCGCCUCAGCUAUAACUUCCUGCAGGUGUGCAACCAGCUGGAGGCACUGGCAGGUCCAGCGGCCAACAGGGGACCCUAUGGCGCCGGAGACAGUGCACCCCUCAAUGAGGCCAUGGCUGUGCUCCAGCACCACGAUGCGGUCAGUGGGACCUCCAAGCAACACGUGGCCAAUGACUACGCUCGCCAGCUGGCCGCAGGCUGGACACCCUGUGAGGUUCUCCUGAGCAAUGCCCUGGCGCGGCUCAGCGGCUCCAAGGAGAUGUUCACCUUCUGCCACAAUCUCAACGUCAGCCUGUGUCCGCUCAGCCAGACUGCAAAGAGCUUCCAGGUGAUCGUUUACAACCCUUUGGGGCGGAAAGUCAAUCGGAUGGUGCGGCUUCCCGUCAGCAAACACGUUUUCCUCGUGAAUGACCCCAGUGGUGCAGUUGUGCCCAACGAUGUGGUGACAAUGCCCAGCUCCAAUGUCCAGGAGCUGCUUUUCUCAGCCUCAGUGCCUGCCCUCGGCUUCAGCAUCUACUCAGUAACCCAGGUGCCUGGCUGGAGGCCACGGGCUCGCCCUCCUGAGUCCAGAUUCCGGAAGUCCUUAUCGUGGAUCAAGUCCUCUUUUCAUGUCAAGUCAUUACUUGUCAAGCCCUCGUCCCGUGAUUUGACCAUCCAAAAUGAGUACAUCUCGGCCAGGUUUGACCCUGACACGGGGCUCUUGAUGGAGAUGAAGAACCUGGAGCAGGACCUCCUUCUGCCUGUUCGCCAGGCCUUCUACUGGUACAACGCCAGUACAGGAAACAAUCUAAGCUCCCAGGCCUCAGGUGCCUACAUCUUCAGACCCAACCAACAGAAACCACUGUUCGUCAGCCAGUGGGCUCAAACCCGCGUGGUGAAGACGGCCUUGGUGCAGGAGGUGCACCAGAACUUCUCGGCCUGGUGUUCCCAGGUGGUUCGCCUGUACCCGGGACAGCGGCACCUGGAGCUGGAGUGGACGGUGGGGCCCAUCCCCGUGGGUGAUAACUGGGGGAAGGAAGUCAUCAGUCGUUUUGACACCUCGCUGGAAACAAAGGGACUCUUCUUCACCGACAGCAAUGGCCGGGAGAUCCUGGAGAGGAGGCGGGAUCAUCGUCCCACCUGGAAGCUGAACCAGACCGAGCCAGUGGCAGGAAACUACUAUCCAGUCAACAGCCGCAUUUACAUUACGGAUGGGAACAUGCAGCUGACAGUGCUGACCGACCGCUCCCAGGGGGGCAGCAGCCUGAGCGAUGGCUCCGUGGAGCUCAUGGUGCACCGAAGGCUGCUGCGAGACGACAAUCGCGGAGUUGGGGAGCCCCUGCUGGAGUCAGAGAAUACGGGGUUGUGGGUCCGAGGGCGGCAUCUCGUGCUGCUGGACAAGGCCCGGACCGCGGCCGUAGGGCACCGGUUGCAGGCGGAAAAGGAGCUCUUGGCCCCGCAGCUUGUGCUGGCCAGUGACGGCGGCACCCCCUACCACCUCGGGGUCUCCCCGCGCAAGCAGUUCUCGGGGUUGCGGCGGGAGCUGCCGCCCAACGUGCACCUGCUCACACUAGCCCGCUGGGGCCCGGAAAUGCUGCUGCUGCGCUUGGAGCACCAGUUCGCCCUCGGGGAGGACAUGGUCGGCAACUUGAGCUGUCCUGUUACCUUGGACUUGAGGGACCUGUUCUCCGCCUUCACCAUCACCGACCUUAAGGAGACCACGCUGGCUGCCAACCAGCUCCGGGCCAAGGCCUCCAGGCUCCAGUGGACACCGAACACGGGCCCCACACUCGAGCCCUCUCCCUCCCGGCUGGACCCUGCCAGCGUCACACUGCAGCCCAUGGAAAUCCGCACAUUCCUGGCCUCCGUCCGAUGGGAAGAGGGAAGCUAG